CGUGAAUCGGACAUCACUUGUCUGAUGAACUGAAACUCCCCGGGAGAGACCGAGGGAGGAAGAUGGCGGCCACUGACCGUUCCCGGUCCGAAGCGGCAAAGCAGCGAAGGCAGGAUCAGCUGCAGCGGUGGCAGGGCUCUGAGACGGACCGGACCGGGGCGGAGGCGAGGAGCCAGUCCUCCGCUCCCGGAAACCGACGGGCCAGGGUGCGCUUCGCCCAGGGCGCUGUGUUCAUGGCCGCCUGCUCCGCCGGGGACCGGGAGGAGGUGGCGGAGCUCCUGCGACAGGGAGCAGAUAUCAACCACGCCAAUGUAGACGGGCUGACGGCGCUGCAUCAGGCCUGUAUUGAUGAAAACGCAGAUAUGGUUCAGUUUCUGGUGGAGAGCGGCAGUGACGUGAACAGAGGAGACAAUGAGGGCUGGACGCCCCUCCACGCCGCGGCCUCCUGCGGCUUCAUCCAGAUCGCAAAGUACUUGAUCGAACACGGCGCUCAUGUGGGAGCCGUGAACAGCGAGGGUGAACUUCCUGUGGACGUCGCCACUGAGGACGCCAUGGGGAGGUUGCUUAAAGGAGAGAUUAAAAAACAGGGCAUUGAUGUGGAUCAAGCCAGGAGAGAGGAAGAGAGAGUGAUGCUCCAGGAUGCCAUGGCCGUGUUGGCAGGAAGUGGCUCUCUGGUGCCUCAUCCGAACACUCAGGCCACGGCGCUGCAUGUCGCUGCUGCUAAAGGAUACAUUGAGGUGUUAAAGGUGCUGUUGAAGUGUGGGAUAGACGUGGACAGUCGGGACAGUGAUGGCUGGACGGCUUUCCACGCGGCGGCUCACUGGGGACAGGAAGAGGCCUGCAAUCUUCUGGCUGAACACAUGUGUGACAUGAAUGCUGUCAAUAAUGUGGGCCAAACUCCACUCGACGUAGCCGAUGAGAACAUCGUUGAUAAUUUGGAAGAACUGCAGAAGAAGCAGAAUGCUAUGCGUUCAGAGAAACAGAAGAUCCAGACGCCCGUCAUUGAGACCAGCCCACCUGUUUCCAUGGCGCCAGCUCGCCCUCGCAGGACGUCCAUCUCUCGUAUGAGCAGUAAAGAGAAGAUCACUCUGCAUGAGCGAGAGAAACAUGCUCCGCCCACACUCCAGACUCCGCCCACAGAAGAGGAUGAAGACGAGUCGACGCGCACAGCAGGCCAAUCCAAACCCUCCAGCAGCUCCAGUUCAGAGGAAGAGAGCGAAUCAGAAAGUGACGCAGAGUCAGAAAAAGCCAAAACUCGAGAAAUGAUCAACAACUUGAACAACAAACGAAAUGCAGCGUCCGUAGCAAGCUCUGUGACCAACACUGCCCUUAACCAGGUUAAAAAGGCCGAACCCGUCCGGACCUCGGUGACAGAGGCUCCAGGUUCCUGGAGAACGUCUUUGCGUAAAGCAGGAAGUUCUGUGACACUGGGCUCGGCCGGGGCCUCUGAUCCAGUCAGCGAGGCCCUCAAGGACGCCGAAACUAAACUGGGAAUGACACGCUCUGCAUCCAGUCCCAGACUGAGCUCUGAAUCUGACAAUAAGGAGCCCAGGUUGGCCCGUGUUCAGCCAACUCCAUCCAGACGCCUUUUCAGCAUCAGUGACACCAGCACUAACCCCGACACCUCCAGCAGCUUGUUGAGCCGCAGCUCUUCAUAUACGCGCCGAUUGAACAGCCAGUCCGCCGGUGAUGUGUCCGCUCAGAACCCCUCGUUACCUCGCAGCUCAUCUUAUGGCAGGAAACUUGACGACCCCUCAGUGACCUCUGUAACCACGGCAACCUCUGGACUGAGUCGCCUCAAUAAUCUAGUGGCUCAGAGGUCGGCUCAGGAAGAGGCAGAAAAGAAGGACCCAGUCUCGAAUUCUGUAACCACGACAACCACAUCAGGCGAGCCAGAGACCAAACAGAGACGCAAAUCAUAUCUGACUCCAGUGCGUGAUGAGGAAGCAGAAGCUCAGAGAAAGGCCCGAUCCAGACAUGCCCGUCAGUCCAGACGCUCCACGCAGGGUGUUACUCUCACAGACCUGCAGGAAGCAGAGAAGACAAUGAAGACGGAAAACAAGGGGAAGGAGAAGAAGAAAGAAGAGGAGGAGAAAGAAGGGAAGCAAAAGAAGGGAGAGGAAGGGGAAGUGAGCUGGCGGUCUCGUAUCGCUAACCUGCAGAAGUCAGAUUUGCUGGGGCUCACACAUCCUCCUGGUGCUCCACGUCCUGAUAGACAGGAUGCAGACAGUGCACUCGCAGAGAUCGAGGAGCGUGCGAGGGAGCGCAGGAGAGCCAGAGCUCGGAGGAGAGGAAAAACAGGAGAGAGCGAUGACAACGACCCCAGUGGAGAGGAGGAGACUAGUGGUGGGCGGGACCCACAGACGGACAGAUACACGAGCAGCAGGUCUGAUUCGGUUUUGAAUGAUUGUAUUCUCACGAGAGGAUCGGAGUCCAGGGACUUUAGGAAGUUGUUUGAAGAGAUGUCCAGGGAGAACCGCCGUCUGCAGUCACAGCUAUCAGACACACAGAGAACCAUUUCACUGACCCGGGUGGAGCUGGAAAAGGCCACACAGAGGCAGGAGAGAUUCACGGACUGCACGGCUCUGUUGGAAAUGGAGAAGAAGGAGAAAAAGAUGUUAGAGAGGCGUGCCGCUGAGUUGGAAGAGGAGUUGAAGGUUUUAGGGGAUCUGAGAGCCGACAACCAGAGGCUGAAGGACGAGAACGGCGCGCUCAUCAGAGUCAUCAGCAAACUCUCCAAAUAGAGCGAGAGGAUCGAGAGAGAGAAAGAGAACCCGUACCACCCCUUCCCACCCGACAUCCUUCCCGAGAGCCAAAAAAGGGAAAAGAGGAGGAGAGGAACAUCAAAUACAAAGAACAAUGUCACUGUUUUAUAACGGCUCGCAGUUAGCCGUGAUCUUUUUACCUUCCUGCAGGACUGUGUGCGUGUGGCGUGUUUGAUCUUCAUCCGUGUUCUCACUGCGGAGACGCGUCGGAGCUUCAGAUUUCCGUAUUUCUCUCUCUCUCUUUCACACACACACACACACACACACUCGCACUCGUAUAGGGACGCAUGCACCAUGCACAUUCCCAUAAGCGUGAGCGCACACACUCCACACAUUCCACGAGUCUCAGGCAGCUGAAGUCUGCAGUAUUUUUGCAUCUUUGCACAAACACACACACGAUUGAGAGGUUCAUCCCUAAACUCCACUCCAGGUGGUCUGAAUAUGUCACUCCAAUCCAUCGGCUCCAGAAUCCAGCGCGACAAUCAUUCGUUGACAUCGAUUUUGCCGAAUGCACACCAGGCUGUCGUUUCGCAGCCACGUAUGCUAUGCAUCUUUUUUUCUUUUUUUUUUUUUUUUUUAAGCGACACUUACGCCGAGCCAUGAGGAAAUGUCUAUUUUUGUGGUUUUUACCCUUGUUUGAAUCAUCCUUGCUCCUGGCGUCUUCUGAAGCGAGGCAGACGGCUUUUGUUUAUUGUGUAAAUUACAAAUAUUAUGCAUUUGAACUCAUAACGCUAUAAACUGUAACUUGAUAUCAGCUUCGUUUUCCCCACGUGUUGUUUUUCUAAUAUAUUGAAUGAAUGUUGGCACUUAAUAAAAUAUGUGUGUUUGUA